AUGGCCGAGAUUCGACGAAAGCUCGUUAUUGUCGGUGACGGCGCCUGUGGAAAGACCUGUCUGCUCAUCGUCUUCUCCAAGGGCACUUUCCCCGAGGUCUACGUCCCCACCGUCUUCGAGAACUACGUCGCCGAUGUAGAGGUUGACGGCAAGCACGUCGAGCUCGCCCUUUGGGAUACCGCUGGCCAGGAAGAUUACGACCGUCUCCGCCCUCUCUCCUACCCCGACUCGCACGUUAUCCUCAUCUGCUUCGCCAUCGACUCGCCCGAUUCGCUUGACAACGUCCAGGAGAAGUGGAUCUCCGAGGUUCUGCACUUCUGCCAGGGCCUUCCCAUCAUCCUCGUUGGAUGUAAGAAGGAUCUGCGCUUCGACCAGAAGACGAUUGAGGAGCUACACAAGACCUCGCAGAAGCCCGUGACACCCGAGCAGGCCGAGGAUGUGCGCAAGAAGAUUGGUGCCCAGAAGUACCUCGAGUGCUCGGCCAAGACGAACGAGGGCGUCCGAGAAGUAUUCGAGCACGCCACCCGGGCUGCUCUGUUGACCCGGAAAGAGAAGAAGACCAAGAAGUGCUUGAUCUUGUAA